AUGAAAAUGGAAGAAACGAUUAAAACAGUUCCCUUCUUCUUCUUCUUCUUCUUCUUCUUCUUGUAUAUGCUGCUUUCCUUCACCGGAAAUCGUAGGUUUGUCUGGCUCACUAGGUGUAUCUAUCUAUCUAUCUAUCUAUCUAUCUAUCUAUCGCCAUGCUAUUCUCUUCUCCCUACUGCUGUGGACUAUUCUGUUCUCCUUACUGCUGCGGGCUAUUCUAUUCUCCCUACUGCUGUGGGCUAUUCUAUUCUCCCUACUGCUGUGGGCUAUUCUAUUCUCCUUACUGCUGCGGGCUAUUUUAUUCUCCCUACUGUUGUGGGCUAUUCUAUUCUCCCUACUGUUGUGGGCUAUUCUAUUCUCCCUACUGUUGUGGGCUAUUCUAUUCUCCUUACUGCUGCGGGCUAUUCUAUUCUCCCUACUGUUGCGGGCUAUUCUAUUCUCCCCUACUGUUGUGGGCUAUUCUAUUCUCCCCUACUGUUGUGGGCUAUUCUAUUCUCCUUACUGCUGCGGGCUAUUCUAUUCUCCCUACUGUUGUGGGCUAUUCUAUUCUCCCUACUGUUGUGGGCUAUUCUAUUCUCCCUACUGUUGUGGGCUAUUCUAUUCUCCCUACUGUUGUGGGCUAUUCUAUUCUCCUUACUGCUGCGGGCUAUUCUAUUCUCCUUACUGCUGCGGGCUAUUCUAUUCUCCCUACUGUUGUGGGCUAUUCUAUUCUCCCUACUGCUGUGGGCUAUUCUAUUCUCCCUACUCCCUCUGGGCUAUACUAUUCUCCCUACUGCUGUGGGCUAUUCUAUUCUCCCUACUCCCUCUGGGCGAUACUGUUCUCCCUACUGUUGUGGGCUAUUCUGUUCUCCCUACUGCUGGAAUAUUGAACAGAAUUCUUAUUGUAUCUAUCUAUCUAUCUAUCUAUCUAUCUAUCUAUCUCAGUCUGUCAUUAUCUAUCUAUCAUCUAUCUAUCAUAUCUUUCUAUCUAUCUAUCUAUCUAUCUAUCUAUCUAUCUAUCAUUUCUUUCUCAGUCUGUUCUAUCUAUCUAUCUAUCUAUCUAUCUCAGUCUGUUCGUAUCUAUCUGUCUAUCUAUCUAUCUAUCUAUCUAUCUAUCUCAGUCUUCAUUAUCUAUCUAUCAGUCAGUCAUUUCUUUUCGACUAUCUAUCUAUCUAUCUAUCUAUCUAUCUAUUCGUAUCUAUCAUCUAUCUAUCUAUCUAUCUCAGUCUUCAUUAUCUAUCUAUCAGUCAGUCAUUUCUUUUCGGACUAUCUAUCUAUCUAUCUAUCUAUCUAUCUAUCUAUCUAUCUAUCUCUAUCUCAUCUUCAUUAUCUAUCUAUUUCACCAUCUAUCUCUAUCUAUCUAUCUCAGUCUGUUCGUAUCUAUCUAUCUAUCUAUCUCAGUCUUCAUUAUCUAUCUAUCAGUCAGUCAUUUUUCUUUUCGGACUAUCUAUCUAUCUAUCUAUCUAUCUAUCAUAUCUAUCUAUCUAUCUAUCUAUCUCUUCAUUAUCUAUCUAUCAGUCAGUCAUUUCUUUUCGGACUAUCUAUCCAUCGAUCUAUCUAUCUAUCUAUCUCAGUCUUCAUUAUCUAUCUAUCAGUCAGUCAUUUUCUUUUCGGACUAUCUAUUCAUCUAUCUAUCUAUCUAUCUAUCUAUCUAUCUAUCUAUCUCAUCUCUUCUAUCUAGUCUUCAUUAUCUAUCAUCAGUCAGUCAUUUCUUUUCGGACUAUCUAUCUAUCUAUCUAUCUAUCUAUCUAUCUAUCUAUCUAUCUCAGUCUUCAUUAUCUAUCUAUCAGUCAGUCAUUUCUUUUCGGACUAUCUAUCUAUCUAUCUAUCUAUCUAUCUAUCUAUCUAUCUAUCUAUCUAUCUCAGUCUUCAUUAUCUAUCUAUCAGUCAGUCAUUUCUUUUCGGACUAUCUAUCUAUCUAUCUAUCUAUCUAUCUAUCUAUCUCAGUCUUCAUUAUCUAUCUAUCUCAGUCUUCAUUAUCUAUCUAUCAGUCAGUCAUUUCUUUUCGGACUAUCUAUCUAUCUAUCUAUCUAUCUAUCAUCUAUCUCAUCUAUCUAUCUAUCUAUCUCUUCAUUAUCUAUCUAUCAGUCAGUCAUUUCUUUUUCGGACUAUCUAUCUAUCUAUCUAUCUAUCUCAGUCUUCAUUAUCUAUCUAUCAGUCAGUCAUUUCUUUUCGGACUAUCUAUCUAUCUAUCUAUCUAUCUAUCUAUCUAUCUAUCUAUCUAUCUAUCUAUCUCAGUCUUCAUUAUCUAUCUAUCAGUCAGUCAUUUCUUUUCGGACUAUCUAUCUAUCUAUCUAUCUAUCUAUCUAUCAGUCUUCAUUAUCUAUCUAUCAGUCAGUCAUUUCUUUUCGGACUAUCUAUCUAUCUAUCUAUCUAUCUCAGUCUUCAUUAUCUAUCUAUCAGUCAUCAUUUCUUUCGGACCAUUCAUCUAUCUAUCUAUCUAUCUAUCUAUCUAUCUAUCUAUCUAUCUAUCUAUCUAUCUCAUCUAUCUCUCAGUCUUCAUUAUCUAUCUAUCAGUCAGUCAUUUCUUUCGGACUAUCUAUCUAUCUAUCUCAGUCUUCAUUAUCUAUCUAUCAGUCAGUCAUCUCUUUUCGGACAUCUAUCUCUAUCUAUCUAUCAGUCUGUCUAUCUCAUUCAUCUAUCUAUCUCAGUUCUUUUCGGACUAUCUAUCUAUCCAUCUAUCUAUCUAUCUCAGUCUUCAUUAUCUAUCUAUCAGUCAUCAUUUCUUUUCGGACUCCAUCUAUCUAUCUAUCUAUCUAUCUAUCUAUCUAUCUAUCUAUCUAUCUAUAUCCAUCUAUCUAUCUCAGUCUGUUCGCAUCUCUAUCUAUCUAUCUCAGUCUGUUGCAUCUAUCUAUCUAUCUAUCUCAGUCUGUUCGUAUCUAUCUAGUCUGUCUAUCUAUCUCUAUCUAUCUCAUCUGUCGCAUUCAUCUAUCUAUCUAUCUAUCUCAGUCUGUUCUCAUCUCUGUCUGCAUUCAUUCAUCUAUCUAUCUCAGUCUGUUCGCAUCUAUCUAUCUAUCUAUCUAUCUAUCAGUCUGUUCGCAUCUAUCUAUCUCUAUCUAUCUAUCUCAGUCUGUCGUAUCUAUCUAUCUAUCUAUCUAUCUGUCUGCAUCUAUCUAUCUAUCUAUCUCAUCUGUUCCUAUCAUCUAUCUAUCUAUCUCAGUCUGUUCCUAUCUAUCUAUCUAUCUAUCUCAGUCUGUUCGUAUCAUUCUAUCUAUCUAUCUAUCUCAGUCUGUUCCUAUCUAUCUAUCAUCUAUCUAUCUAUCUAUCUAUCUCAGUCUGUUCCUAUCUAUCUAUCUAUCUAUCUAUCUAUCUAUCUUAGUUUUCUCAUAUAUUUUUCUAUCUCUCUGUCAAUGUAGCUGA